AUGGCCCUUUGGUGGAGCUUGCCACUCCUUUUCGCAGAAGCAACGUUGGGGCCUGGGAUGAAUCCAUUGCCAAAAAUUGCAAAGGAUGGUGAGCAACACUUCAGCCAGAUGGCCGCUGCAAAUGAGAACUCUGUUGUGGAUAUGUCAGCCAUCGGCCAGAGGAACCCUUUGCAGUUUGAGUUUUUGACCGAUUUUUGGUGUGCCUAUGAGCUGAGUGACCGGAAGCGAACAAUGGCUCUUCUCGUCGAUGAUAUGCAGGUUGAGUACCAUGACUACGUGCAGGGGAUUGUGCCACCAAUCAUGCAGCUCGUGGAGGGGUUCCGAAAGGCGAAACUUCCAAUUUUUUGGAGCACCUGGUGGCGAUGGGGUCCAGAUGAUGGUUUCUUCAAUUCCAUGGAUCGAUUUUAUGGACCUAUUGGGUGGAACACUUCAUUGAAUGCGUUGUACAAUCACAAGCCAAAUGGUGGUGAUGUGCUUCCCGAAGUCGCUCCGAAGACACCAGAGGAAAGGAAACGUGUGAUGCACAAGAGCUAUUCUCUGGAUAUGUUUGACGAGUCGCCGAUGGAAUGGCUAGUGCCUGAUGGCCAAGGCACGCUACACACGGAGCUGCAGAAGCUUGGGGUUGACACUGUGGUCCAGGUAGGAGCCUGGACCGAUGAUUGCAUCAUAUCCACCGCCUUCCAUGCCUUCAGCCUGCAAUAUGAUGUCGUUUUGAUCGAGGAUGGCGUCUCCACUGCCAGCAAGAACCACUUCAAUGCUAUCCAGGUGAUGCGUGGUGCAGCUGCUAAGGUGGUUUUCGCCCGAGAGGUGGUUCAGUACCUCAACGAUGGGCAGCCUGUAAAGCAACCAGCGCCCAAGACAAAGCUUGCAGGGUCGCGCCAGAGACUUGCGCUCAUUGAGGAGAGAUCCAGUGAAUCUAGUGACUUGCACAAGGCCAAGAAGGGACAUGAACAAAGCGCACAACUCAGCGCUGUGGAAUCAGCUGGGCAACAAAGAUUUGCAGAUCAACUUGUUCUGGUCCUGAUCGCAAGCAUUGGCCCAGCCUCAUUUGCAGCAGGGUGGGUGUUGCGCGGGAGCUUCCAUCAAUUUGCUAUCCGUGACGCGCAAGCCAAAGAAGCACUUCGGCACUUGAAGCAAAAAGCUACAGAGGCAGAAGCUGUCCCAGCUGUGCCUGAAGAAAUGCCUGGUGAGCUUCCAGCCGAGGAUGGUUCUGAACAACCCCUGAUGGAGGACAAGGUUACAGUACUGAUGCCCUCCGAGAAGGAUCACUGCUACUUCACCCCAGAUCUGGUUGUACCCGAUGGCUGUGAAUGCGUCCUCUACCUUCUGGCAAGACCCAAACGGGGGCAGCCGUAUGACGUGCUGGACAGCAGCGGAGGUGUGGUGCUUCGAAUCGCUGACCCACAGCCAGUGAAUCCUGUUCUUCGCCGAGCGCUUCUGAGCAGUAGCAAUGUGGAGUUGGCACAGAUCAUUUGCAGUGAAAGCCUUUCUCCAAAGCCAGAAGUGCUUCGAUUUCAGUUGCUGAAUGGGAACCAGGACUGCUGGGCAACUUUGACGUACGAAGUUGGCCGGGAAUCCACAGAGGAUAAAUGCAUCAUUGAGAGGCCGCGGCAGAUGUUCUAUUUUUUCGGAUCCUUUCAACAUGGCUCCCUGAAUAUGACCGACUCCUUUGGCCGACUAUUGGCCACCACAGCACCCUGUGCACCCAUGGCGCGAGGGGAGGCGCUUCGACUGCGUUGUGCACCUGCAACAGAUGUGGGUCUGGCGGUAUGUGCGCUGAUGUGCAUGCAAGCGGUUGCUCAGUGA